GUCACAUGAUUGACUGAAACCAAAACAACCCAGUAGAAAUGUCAGUUCUUCAUUCCGCUUUUGUGUUCAGAGUUUAAAACAUGUCGAUGUUUAAAGUGAACUUUAUAUGUUCGGUGCUGUUUGUUGUGUUCGGUGCCGCGCUUGGGUUUCUGGGAAAUGGAGAUACAUUUCGACGAAAGGUGUCAGUCGAGCUGAACCCGGGUCUGAAUCCCCCCUCGUCUCUUCCUCCGGGAGUCGCUCUGGUUCACGCGCGAGGACUGGGACUCAACGACACGCUGCACUUCUUGCUGUGUAACCGAGGAGCUCCAGCGCUGCUGCUGGUCCACACGAACAGCACCGAGUCCGCAGUGCGGGUCAACUGGCCCGAGUUCAUCAACCGUAGUUCCUCGGGCAGCCUGACGGUGGCGCCGGAGAGCAGCGUGACCUACAGCUCCGCUCUAGUGUUCACCAGGAUCUGGGAGUACGAUGACGUCAACAACACCGCUGACCCACAGACGACAGCAGAGUCCAGUUUCUACUCUCCGUACGAGCUCCAGAACUUCAUCUGGGCGGACCUGAACGCCACCGCCAACCACUCGGAUCAUGUGAUCACGCUCUGCGGCCGGGAGAACACCGAGAGCUUCGUCAACGGCUCGCUCUGUCUGAGACUGUCGCUGUUCGAGUCUGCGGGCCGGGACGGAGCGUGGCCGAGUCUCCUGCAUCACUCCAACUCUUCUCAGCUGCACGUGUGGCUGGACGGGGCGGCGCCGCGGGGGAACCGCUCUCGCUUCGCUCUGGAGUUUCAGUCGGUCGGGGACGCCGGCUUCCAGGGGAGAGUGGAUGUGCGCAGCUCCAUAGAUGAUGAAUACACUCCUUCCAUCUUCAAGGUGUUUGACUGGGUGUCGCUCCCGCCGAACUCCAGCAGUGUGUGGGGUUUCUCCCAGUGGAAGCCCGUGGCGUACCGUAAGCCGGCGCCGGUGUUCGAGGACGCGACGCCCUGCAGACACUCUCCUCUGGUGUCCGUGAGCCGGGUCCCUCCGUCCGCGCUGGUCCAGGCCUACUUCUCCCGCCCGCCUCAGACCCGCGGCCUCAACAUCAGCUUCGGGGUCGAUAAGGACCCGGCCUUCUACAGCGACACCCGAUACAUCAGCUGGACUGUGUUAAUGGGCAUGGGCGACCCUCCAGCUGACUCCUUCUCCACGUUAAUCAUUAUCAUCAUAGCCGUUGGACUCGGCACUCCGCUGGCCAUCAUCGUCGUGGGCGGAGUGUUUGUGUGUGUCCGCAAGAGGAUGACACGAUCCUCAAUCUACGAGCCAAUCAACUGAGACGUCAGGGUACAAGCCCCGCCCCAAUGCACACACACCUGCCAAUCAGUGCUGAGGUCACGGACCCCUGAUUGGACGA